AUGUCCAGUAGUAACGGGGAAAAUAAAGAAAAUCUUACUGAAUAUGGAUUUGCUUAUCCAGAGGAUUUAUUAAAUGCUGUGAAAGAAAUUAAAACAUUAUCCUUCAAGAAUCUUCGAAGUAUUUGUAAAAGGAAUCAAAUACAUUUAAUAGCUAGGAAGGAAACUUUACAAAAUUUGUUACUGGACAAACUUUAUAAACAACAGAUGGAGGAGUUUAAUCAGAGUGCCGAGGAGUUUGAUCAGGCAUUGGAAGGUUUUACUAAAAUGUCUAAUCAUGAUUUUCCUUUUGCUGUUAAAAAAUUUACUCCUGUCGCUACGUGGUCUUAUAAUGUUGAGAAUGGCACUUGUUCUAUUUGUAGACAAGAUUUUACUGAACUUUGUAUCAGUUGUGUAGUUGAGGAAGAAAAGUUGAAGGCUUCUGGAUGUAAAGAAAAACAACCAAUAAAUUGUAAAAUUGAAUCAUCACGUGGAUGUACUCAUGUAUUUCAUGAGUGUUGUAUAGCUUCAUGGACAAAGAAAUCUCCAAGGUGUCCGUUAUGCCAAGAAGCAUGGAGCAAAGAGUAUUAUUUUGAUAGUGAACAUUAA